AGAUGGUGCGCUGAGUCAUUUCCACGAGAGGCUGCUGUACCACUCCGAAGUAAGAGGACACUAAAGAAUUAAAGCUGUGAGAGUGCACCAACAUUCUCCUGGCUGGAAAGCUAACCCAACCCGCAAGUGAAUGUAUUGAAGAUUUCUAGACUUGGUUGGACAAAUAUCUCUACCUCCAAUUUUAUGCAUACUGCUAGCAAUGGCUGUGGAACUGUGUUUGCUGCUGCUGCUGCUUUGUGGAAGUACUAUUUCAGAGGUACAGCCUAUAUACAAACCACCUCCUGGGACUUUGGAUUUUGGAUUUGUACCAUCCAAGACGUAUGAUACAGGUGCAUACCAUGAACCUGGGGCAAUAGGAAUUUUGUUUAGAAUAGUGCAUGCAUUCCUGUACUUAGUGCAGCCAAAUUCUUUUCCUCAAGAUCUCAUCAGAAAACUAGCACAGCAGCAGUUUGGAAAUACACAGGGCGAUUAUCAAAAGCCAGAAAAUGUUGUCCUGACUCUUCAGGCCAUCUACUAUGAAAUCGGUUUUAUAGUCUCCGCAGCCUUGGGAUUGAUAUUUAUUUUGUUACUGCCUCUUGUGGGACUUUGCUUCUGUAUGUGUCGUUGCUGUGACAACUGUGGUGGGGAAAUGCAUCAAAGACAGAAGAAAAAUGCUGACUGUCAGAGGAGCUGUUUUGCAACAUUUCUUUUUGUUGCUUCUUUAAUAAUAAGUGUUGGAGUGCUCUGCGCAUAUGCUGCCAACCAGCAUUUAACUAACCAAGUCCGAGGAGCAAAGAAACUGGUUAACAGUAAUUUUAAAGAUCUGAAAGUUUUCCUUAACAACACUCCAGCGCAAAUUGACUACUUGGUGAGCCAAUACAACACAACUAAGGAUAAAGCACUCUCUGACCUAAAUAAUGUUGGACCUGUGCUUGGAAGCAGAGUUCAAGAACAGCUGGGAAAAGAAGUUCAUCCUGCUCUUGAUGCAACUCUGACAAUGGCAGGAGCCAUCAGAGAAACAAAGGAAGCCCUGGAAAAUGUCAGUGUCUCUGUAGAGGUUCUGCAGGAGGGAACAGAGAGGCUUCAUGCAAACCUGACAGAUGUUAAAAUGCAUCUAAGCAAUACCCUCAAUGACUCUGCGUGCAAUGCGGCUCAGGCUGCCUCAACUUGCAAUAUCAUCAGGAAUUCAUUAAGUCAGCUGAGCAUCAAUGCCAAUUUUAGUGGGUUGCCGGGAGUGAGCUCACAGCUUGCAAAGGUCAAUGAAGUCCUUAAAAUAGACCUUUCUAGUCUGGUUCAAAAGGGUUAUGCAGCUUUUAAUGAUACUCCAGACUUAGUGGUGAACCAAACCAGGAACAUUUUGUCAGCUGUUCCUUAUAUCAAAUCUGUGCUGGAAUCCAUUGGCUCAAAUAUUACUACUUUCACAAAAACACUCCCUGUGCAGAAGAUUUUGGCAGAUUUGAUGGUAUAUCUUACACAGAGUGAAGCAUACGUUCAGGAUUAUUUUCCAGUCGUGGAGCAGUAUGAUUUCUACAGGUGGCUGGGUUGUCUCAUUCUGUGCUGCAUGGUGGUCCUGAUUCUGGUCUUUUACUAUCUUGGAUUGCUGUGUGGCACCUGUGGUUUUGAUAAACAUGCUUCUCCAACAACCAGAGGCUGUAUCUCUAACACUGGAGGAAAUUUUCUUAUGGCUGGUGUUGGAUUCAGUUUUAUUUUCUCCUGGGUGCUGAUGACUGUAGUGGUUCUGACUUUUGUCACAGGUGGAAAUGUAGAAAAACUGGUCUGUGAGCCCUUUGAAGAUAAAAAUUUAUUCAAGAUUUUGGAUACACCUUACUUACUAAAUCAGCACUGGAAAAAUUAUCUUGCUGGCAUCCUGUUCAAAAAUCCAAACAUUAACUUGACUUUUGAAAAAGUGUACAGUGAUUGCAAGGAAAACAAAGGAAUUUAUACUUCCCUUCACCUAGAACACCUGUUCAAUAUCAAUGAGAUUCUAAAUACUAGUAUG